CGACAAGGUUUGAACUCGCUUCUGACCCUGCACGAUGGCUGCUCAUUGAUGUGCGACCGAAUCCGUGCGUGGUGGUCGGAUGGACUUUGGGGAUUUGCAUUUGCAGCUGGAUGGCUUUGAGGAGCUCCGCCCGGAGAGUUGGGCGGUGCAGCAGGUGCGCGUCGCGGGUCCAUGGCGGGUGAAGGAUGGCUCCCUCCGUCACUGCGCCACCAACAUCGUCAUCGGCGAGGGCGGCUUGCGGGACGGCGUCGGGCAAAUCGAGGUGGAGGAGACGAACCUCCUGGGCCGCGGUGCUGGGGGCGUCGUGUGCCGUGCCAGCCACAAGCCUACAGGCAUCCCAUUGGCCGUGAAGAUUGUUCGUGUGGAGGACAAGACGAAGCGGGACCAGCUGAUCAACGAGAUUCACACGCUUUUCCGAAUCAGUAAGAGCCAUUUCCUCAUCGAGCUGUAUGACGCGUAUGUUCACAAGGAAUCUGGCUGCGUACAUGUGGCGCUGGAGUACAUGGACUACGGGAGCCUCGCCGAUGUGAAGCGGAAUGUGGAGACGGUCCCCGAGAAGCUGCUGGCUUUGAUCUUGAUGCAGAUCCUCGAGGGCUUGAAGACGUUGCACUUGAACAACGUCGUCCAUCGCGACGUGAAGCUGGGCAACAUCCUGGUGAACAGCCGAGGGGCCGUCAAGGUCACCGACUUCGGCAUUUCGAAGAACUUGGGCGAUCCCCUCACGGUGUGCGAGACCUUCGUGGGCACUGCCACGCACAUGUCUCCCGAGCGCGUCUUGGGAGAGGACUAUGGCUUCUCUGCAGAUAUAUGGAGCCUUGGUUUGUGCGUGUACGAGCUGGCCUGUGGUGUGUAUCCCUACGGAAGCGUGCUCUCCUUUCCUGUCCUCUUCGACAACCUUUGCCACAAGCCAGAGCCACGGCUGUCGGAAGAAAAGUAUUCACCAGAGCUUUGCUAUUUCGUGGAAGCCCAGCUGCAAAAGCGGCCGGAGCUGCGGUUUAGCGCCAUCGAGUUACAGGCAUCUGACUUCAUCCUGGGCAACUUGCCCAAAGUCAGUGAGACGGCGCUGAUCCAUUGGCUAGCCAACGCCAUGAAACACCAUAAAUAA